UCACGGAUUUGUUGACUUCAUAAUCGAAACCAGCUCGAAAUAUGCAUACCCUUCUAUAUAUAUGCAUAAUUUAUUCAAUAUCAAAAUUUAUUAUCUUAUAUGUAGGAUAUAACAAUUAAAUUUGACCAAGUGUUAUGACAUAUCUACCCAUUUCUCACCAACCUCAAACUUCAAUUCAAGAACUACCACCAUGGAAUUCCAAGAAGAUAUCAAGAAUCUUGUGAAGGUGUCUCUUUUAGCAUCAAUCUCUCUUGGUUAUUGCUACUACGUGGGGAAAAUCAUUCCAAAAGGUUUUCCAAGACUCUUAACAAUCUUUCCUGUCAUUCUAUUUUUUCUUUCCAUUCCACUCUUGUUUAAUUCCGUUCAUCUCAUAGGGCCACUUUCUUUAUGCAUCUCUUGGCUUGCUAAUUUUAAACUCAUCCUUUUCGCCUUUGAAACAGGACCCCUUUCCUCCCCUUCUAUUCCCAUCUUCCGAUUCCUUUCCCUCGCUUGUUUUCCCAUUGGAAAGAGCAUUCCAGGGAAAAACCCAACCCAUAGAUCUCCUCUUAACUAUGGAAUUAAAGCUCUCCUUCUUAUGACUUUCCUUAAGGUCUAUCAUGAUCAUGGUGAUCAUAUGAACCCCAUGAUCGCUUGGAUCUUCUUUGCGUUCUCACUCUACUUCUUUUUAGACCUCCUAAUGACUAUCAGUUCCAUAGUAAUGGAAUUCUUACUAGGGGUUAAACUUGACCCCCAGUUCGAUGAACCUUAUCUGUCCACUUCCCUCCAAGAUUUUUGGGGCAGGAGGUGGAAUGUCAUGGUCAACCGAAUUCUCCAUCCAACCAUUUACAAUCCAGUUCGUACAAUGUCAGCUCGGGCCAUCGGUCAUAUGUGGGCCCCAAUACCAGCAAUAUUGACCACAUUUGCAGUCUCGGGUCUUAUGCAUGAACUUAUUUUCUUUUAUUUCACACGAGAUUGGCCAACGUGGGAUACCAUGCUUUUCUUUUGUCUACAUGGAGUCUCGUUGGUUAUGGAGACAACAAUCAAGAAAUUUGUUAAUGUUAAAUGGAGUUUACCCCGCCACAUCACCGCCCCAUUGGUGGUUGCAUUUGUGUUGGUGACAUCUUAUUGGUUGUUUUUUCCUGAACUUCGACGAUGUAAACUUGUUGAAAGAGCAUUUGAAGACUACGGGGCAAUAGCGAAGAUAGUAACUUUUGUUGUAUGAUGUACAAAUAAUUAUAAAACAUAUUUUGAGCUGUGGUUUAGAACUUUAGAUUAUAAUAAAAUUGUAAAUGAAUCA